AUGAUACCCUCUUCCUCUCGGUCGAAUACCCUGAAUCCGCGAUCUAAUUCCGUCUCCCGCACAGGGGAUGCCGCUGCGAACUCGAGUAUCAGGCCCAGAAACAGGCGGCUUGGUACCUUAGAAGACCAAGAACUCAGCACCACCAGUGCAACGUCCACUCCUUCAGGUAGCCGGGAUGUUAGUCCCAUACCUGCAAAACAUCCAAGUAGGAGUAAUACUGCGCCCUUGCGAAAUGGGAGGACAGUUGGGGGCAGGUUAGCUCCAGAUAUAGUGGGGAGAAAUGGGAGGCAAAGUAGGAGCACGAGUCCUGCGCCCGGCAUUUGGAAUACAGGUUGGAUGAGCAGUACAUUUCAGCAAGUAGCGAGUUCUGUCUUAGGGAGUGUGGCAGGAGACGAGGACCCAAAUGCUCGGAAUGAGACAAUCUGGGGGACUACGAAGCGGACUGCCCCUGUGAAGGAAUGGGGCCCAUCACAAGCGGCUGCGAAGGCGAACAAAGAUGGAGGCAUUGGAACUGGGAGCACGAGCGAAAGGGAAGCAGCGGUCAGGGCGAAGAAGAUGAAGAGGGUUCUGGAGGGGAAAGACGAGGACCAUACAGUAGUUGAUGCAAGUGGAAAUUAUAAACGAAGGAUAUCAAGCGACGAAGAGAGGCCUGGAAGUGCGCAAGGCGAUGGACAUGCAUUGGUAUACAUACAUUAUUUACAACCCCAGGAUACGUUUGCCGGGAUAGUCUUAAGGUAUCAUUGCCCAAGAGACGUGGUUCGCAAAUCUAAUGGGUUAUGGAACGACUCUUUAUCUUCUCGGAAGACAUUGCUCUUGCCGGUUGAUGCUUGCGCUGUCAAGGGGCGGCCUUGCGAGGCCCCUUCAGCUGAUUUCCAAGGAGUAGACCUACUUGCUCCUACGCCUGGAAUUGAGGAAACUCCCCCUUUCUCAAACGGGAGUACAUGGCCAGGAACACAAACCGGAACAUCUGCAGAACGUCCGGAAGAUGGCGAUCGGCCUUGGUCUCAUGUACGAUGGGUUUUGAUAGAAUCUUCGCCCUCCUCGAAACCAAUCGAGAUAGUCAGAAUGCCUCGAAAAUCGCUGGGUUACUUCCCUCCGCGUCGGAGAAACAGCCAGGCAACACUUUCUUCCGCGUCGACCCCACGCGCCUCCCUAGAUAUGGCCGGACUGUCACAAACUAUUUCCCAAACUUCAACGGACCCUAUCGGUAGCGCCUCGAGCACUCCAUCCCGACGAAUGAGUAAUCUUGGCCACCGACCGUCCAACACUAUAGGUUCUAUAGACUUGAUAGGAAGCUACUUUCCACCCUCGGCGCCCAGCAGUCGCCCACGCCGCGAACGCCGCGGAAGUGUAAGCGAAGCAGCAAAUCGACUAGGUUGGAUGAAGGGACCUGGAGGCGUUGGAACUCUAGGGAAGAGCGUUCGAAUGCCAGGACCAGCACAGGAUAGUUUCAACAACUGGACACGAAAGAAUCUCCCAGGGAUUGCUAUAGACACACUACCCUCAAGCUCCAUCUUAGGCGCGGAAGUAGCCCAUUUUGGCUUCGACGAAGAACUUUCAGCUAUCGCAGAAGGUACGGGCAAUGAUGGUAAUGGUGUUCCUGGAACGGUCACAUCGUCUGGAACGGGAUUAGAGAAUGCUGCUGCAGCAGUCGAAGGCUUCUUCAGAAAACUGGCAAUUAAUGGGGUAUCCAGAACUCCCAGUGCGAAUGGGAGGACGGAACCCGCGGACCUUAUAGAGCUUUUAGAUGGCACCGGAAGCGAUGAAGGGGCAAGGAGCUUCGAAUUGAGCCGUUCGAGAAGUCCAAUGCCUGGUGGAUCGCUGAGAGACGAUUUAGAAGGAGUCCUCAGGGGGAGGACCACUGCUCGAGCUAAGGGCGGCAAGGGUGAUUGA